AUGGACACGCGUCUCAUACAGCCCAUCAAACUGGCCAGAGUCACCAAGGUGCUGUGCUGGACUGGCUCAGAGGGACAGUGCAUCCAGAUGUGUGUGGUGUUCAUGGAUGAUGCCAGCAGCUCCUUCACCUGCAAUGUUAAGGGUCUACUCCAUGAGGGUGACCUGCUCAUGCUAUUGGAGUUGGAGCAUGAGGCCUGCAGGCUGCGCUAG